AUGAGGUUCCUCGUCAUCGGAGGCAGUGGUCGUUCUGGACAGCUUGUGAUCGACCAAGCACUUAACAAGGUCAUCGCACUCGUACGCAAGGACUCUGCUUUGUCCGAGCGCCAGGGCCUCACCAUAAUCACAGGCACGCCUCUCGACCAGUCAUCAAUUAGCAAUGCCCUCAAGUCAUCGCCCUCGGCUGUCGAUGCUGUACUGGUGACCAUGAACGCCCGCAGAGUUAGCGACAGUCCCUUUGCGGCCCCAGAUCCCGUGAACUCUCCACCGCGACUCAUGGCAGACAGCGUGCGGAAUACUAUAUCUGCGAUGCGGGAGGCUAGACCGCCGGUUCGAAAAAUAGUCGUCAUGUCAGCAGUGGGAACGGGUACCUCGAUAUCGAACGUCAAUUUCUUCAUGCGUUUGACAUUUGCGUACACCAAUAUGCGCUAUAGCCGCGAAGACCAUGACGCGGUGGACCAGGAGCUUAGAGCGGCACAUGACAUCAUCUUCGUGGAAGUGCGUCCCUGGUUGUUGACGGAUAUGGAGGCCGCAGAAGUCAAGGUAUAUGAAGAUAACGGGAGCGGCGCCGGGUUCAUGCCCAAAGUCUCUCGAGCUACUGUAGCUAGGUUCAUGCUUGAAGCUGCCGAGACUUCCAAGUAUGACGGACGGGCGCCAGUCAUCACGAAUUAA